AUGGUCGGCUCCGUGAAGACGUUGGUCGCCCCGCAUACAAAGCUGGGCGAGUCUCCCAUUGUGCGACAAUCCGAUGGCACUCUACACUUUAUCGACGUCCUGGGCGCAGCGAUACAUGUGCUGAAACUGCCGGAUCUUCAGGUGUUACGAUCUAUUACUUGCCCGCAACCAAUCUCGUUCAUUUGCUUCCAUGAAGAAGGAGGUUAUGUCGCAUGCUCCUUCGACUCGGUCGUCCGCAUUGGGGAAGAUGGGGGUUGGCAGGUCAUGAAACAGGUCCUUGCAGACUCCAAUUCUGUCCGAUUGAACGACGGCGCCGUGGAUUCGCAGGGCAGGCUCUGGUUUGGAAGUAUUGACCUGGCCACCGAGGCCGUCCCCAUAUCCGACUUCGACAGCAGAAUUCACUCUCCAAGGGGCUCUUUGUAUCGCUAUGACCGUGACGGGACAUUGACCGUCUUCGAAGACGGUGGCAUUGUUUGUGGCAACGGGAUUGGGUGGUCCCCCGACGAGGCCACCAUGUAUUUUACGGAUUCCUACAUCGGAGUCAUUUGGGCGUACGAUUUUGAACCGGGCUCCGGGAGCAUCCGUAACAAAAGAAUCUUGAUCGAUCGACGGGGGCUCGUGGGUCAGCCUGACGGUCUUCUCGUUGAUUCAGAAGGCAGUAUCUACACUUUUCUCUGGGAUGGCGCUGCAGUGGUGAAAUACGACAGUACGGGCCGAGAGCUAGCGCGAUGGCCGGUCAAUUCAGCUCGCGUCACUCACGGUGCAUGGUUCGGAGAUCAGUAUAACCAUCUUUUCAUCACCUCUGCCGAGAGUGAUGACGGCUCUGCUGUAUGGAAAGGCGAAGAGGCUGGUGCUCUGUUUGAGCUUCGCGACAUGGAAGCGGCGGGGUUGGAGAAGCAUGUGUUCAAAGGGAAAGCCACAAUCUCUUGA